UUUUCAAGCAUUUACACACUGAUUCAGAGCGUGCAACGAAUGGAUCGAGAACAUGUAGGCGCAAGAAGCCUUGGAAACGGCUUGCUUUCAAGCUCGCCGUGAAAAUGGCAAAGCUUAGAAGCUUGUAAAAUUACUUUUAUUGGAAAGUUUUGAGAUAUUUUGCCGAAAGUCGAGUCCGAAACUUCCUUCAGAACUCGUGGAAGUGAAUCAGUCAAACAGUAAGCUGAUUUUCAGAGCAUAGUGUUUUAAAAGCUUGGGCAUAAUAUCGUAGACGUAAAUUUCAAAGAGUGAUUCAAGGCAAGUUCACAUGGCCUUGGAUUUAGCUGCGGUGAUAGUGGUCAGCGUUGUUCUGUCGUUGUUAAUUUGCCUUUACAUUGCCUUAACGAUAAGGUUCGCACUGAGAAAGGCUUCGGGGAGGAUCUCUGAUGAUGACCGAAGGAACUCUUUCCUGUAUCAUACGGCAGCAUGGCACCCUUUCGGCGUGGCAGACACUAAGUGCAUUCCAAUACAGCCCAGAACAUACGAUGAACUCAGAAGGAGCGAAGAGAAGCUGGUCGAUUCAGGAUCAAUGAAAAUUCCGCCGGAGAAAAUUGCUGGAAAGAUCAAACUGUCGCUUCAGUAUGAUUCUAUGAGGUCCACUCUCAUGGCCACCGUCCACACAGUCGACCUGCAAGAGCUUCCUUCCACUCUUGACGCCAACUAUUACGUCACGCUGAAGAUCCUGCCGCUGAACCAUCGCUCGUUCCAGACCAAAGCGGUCAAAAGGGACAAGAGUCUCGACUUCCUCAAAGAGACGUUUGAAUUUCGAGUCACGUUCGAGAAACUUCACGCUCAAAGUUUGAAGAUGACGUUAUGUUGUUUCGAUCGAUUUUCCCAGCAUGAGCCUAUUGGUGAACAGACAAUACAUCUGGCUGACCUCGAGGCCCGCGGGCUCAGCCUCUCAAGGGAGAUAACGUUAUUGCGUGACAUUCAUGCAGUUCCAAAGGCAUCGGGUGUUCUUGGGGAACUGAUGAUAUCCCUGGGGUAUCUAAGGCUUACAGAAAGAUUAACGAUAGUUGUAAUAAGGGCGAGAAACCUUCCUGUAAAUGAAGACAAAGAAGAUCCAGCUUCAUACGUCGAGGUCUCCCUCAUUCACGAAGGACGAAUCCUAAAGCAGAAAAAAACGGUCGUUAAGGAAGAAAACAGAAGUCCUGUGUUUAACGAAACCCUUACAUUUCACAUCCCUGUUGGUAUCCUUCAUCAGACAAGCUUUAUGUUGUCCGUGAAAAGCCAGACUCUAAAGAGGACUGAGGACGAUUUACUCGGAAAGAUUUUUCUCGGCCCAUCAUCCACCGGGGGCGAAUUUGACCACUGGAAUGAGAUGAGGAUUAACAACAAACCAAUAGCACGCUGGCAUAAGCUUCUUGAUUGACAAGCGCGAUAAUUCAGAUGGAUUUCCAUUUUACAUCAGCCAUGAAAAUGAAAGCUUUCAAAUAGUUAUGGUGCUUAACGUUGUAGUUCAGUUAUAAUUUCGAAAUUUAGAAUUUUAAGUCAGCCUGCAUUUUCAAUUUUUUCUCAUAUUAAGUGAGAUUUUUUUAUAACUUUUAUUUUUUUUCGUAAACAUUAUAUUUGAAGUUUUAUAUAUACAAUUAAGUCAUGCAAAGUUAUGAAAUCGAUUAAAGGGGUAAGUUUCUAAAGA